CCUCCUACGGCCAGCCGGUAUAUUUAUCAAAGUUCAUUUUCAAUUAUUUAAGAUUUAUUUUUUAUUUUUCAUAAAAUAAUUUUAGAUUUUAGAUUUUAUAGCGUGAAUACUUUUAGUUUAAAAUCAAAAUGUCUGACGCCAAGAACAACCUGUUACUGUUCUUCGACCGUCCCUCAGAGCCAUGCUUCAUGCAAAAGGGAGAAGAGAAGGCAGUAUUCGAGAUUCCUGACAAUUACUACCCGGAGAAGUACCAGCGUGUGUCAAAUGCUAUAAGCAGCAGGUUCGGUAGCGACGCGGGCCGCAUGAUACCCAUCAGGAACAUUGCCCUGCCCAAUCUGGACCUGCCCAUGGAGCUGCCCUACAACGAGCAGUUCUCCUUGUUCGUCCCUAAACACAGGCAAAUGGCAGGAAAGCUGAUUGAUAUCUUUAUGGGAAUGCGUGACGUAGAAGAUCUCCAGAGUAUCUGUGCGUACUGCCAACUGCGGAUCAAUCCCUAUAUGUUCAACUAUUGCCUCUCCGUCGCCAUCUUGCAUAGAUCAGACACGAAAGGUUUGCAAAUCCCAACCUUUGCUGUGUGCUUUCCCGAUAAGUUCAUGGACCCGAAGGUGUUCCGCAAAGCCAGAGAAGUGACCAGCGUUGUACCGACUGGAGCCAGGAUGCCAAUAGUGAUUCCGUCGAACUACACCGCGUCGGACGCGGAGCCGGAGCAGCGCGUGGCGUACUUCCGCGAGGACAUCGGCACCAACCUGCACCACUGGCACUGGCACCUCGUGUACCCCUUCGACGCCGCAGACCGCGCCCUCGUCAACAAGGACCGCCGCGGGGAGCUCUUCUACUACAUGCACCAGCAGAUGAUCGCCAGAUUCAACAUCGAACGAUUCUGCAACGACCUGAGGAAAGUGGAAACCUACAGUGACUUCAGGGGUCCCAUUAAAGAGGGCUACUUCCCUAAGAUGGACUCGCAAGUUGCCAGCAGAGCCUGGCCUCCUAGAUUUGCUGGUUCGUUUCUCCGUGACUUAGACAGACCGAUAGACCAGAUCAGAAUCGAUAUCUCUGAGCUGGAGAUCUGGAGGGACAGGUUUCUGAAGGCGAUCGAGGAUAUGGCAGUGAUCCUGCCCAAUGGGCGUCAAAUGCCUCUGGACGAAGAGACUGGUAUUGACGUGCUGGGUAACCUGAUGGAAUCGUCCACCAUCAGUGUAAACCGCCCAUACUACGGUGACCUCCACAACAUGGGGCACGUCUUUAUCGGGUACUGCCACGACCCUGAUCAUCGUCAUCUGGAACCGUUCGGCGUGAUGGGAGACCUGGCAACGACCAUGCGUGACCCAUUGUUCUUUCGCUGGCAUGGAUACAUAGAUUCUGUUUUCCACCUCUACAAGUACAAACUUACACCUUAUAGCGAUGAUAGGCUGAUCUUCCCCGACAUCAGGGUUCGGUCCAUUAGUCUCGAUGGUAAAGGAGCUCCUAACAUGCUGAAUACUUUCUGGGAGCAGAGUACUGUGGACUUGGCUCGUGGCUUGGACUUUAGUCCCCGUGGCAGUGUUCUGGCCAGGUUCACUCACCUACAGCAUGAAGACUACAGUUAUGUGAUCGAAGUGAAUAACACGGGCCGCAGUAGUGUCAUGGGCAUGUUUAGGAUAUUCAUCGCCCCAACACUUGACGAGAAUAAGCGGCCUCUGAACUUCGACGAGCAACGGAAACUCAUGAUCGAACUCGACAAGUUCUCACAGGGCUUGAAGCCCGGCAACAAUACAGUACGUCGUCGCAGUGUGGACUCCUCAGUGACCGUUCCGUUCGAGAGGACAUUCAGCAACCAGGCUGACAGGCCAGGUAAUCCGGGAUCUCCCGAGUCUGCCGAGUUUGACUUCUGCGGCUGCGGGUGGCCUCAGCACAUGCUGAUACCCAAGGGAACCACUGAAGGAUAUCCUAUGGUGCUGUUCGUCAUGGUGUCCAACUGGAAUGAUGACCGGGUGGAGCAAGACCUGGUGGGGUCGUGCAAUGACGCGGCGUCGUACUGCGGCAUCCGCGACCGCAAGUACCCGGACCGGCGCGCCAUGGGCUUCCCGUUCGACCGGCCCGCGCCCGCCGCCACCACGCUGUCCGACUUCCUGCGCCCCAACAUGGCCGUGCGCGACUGCAUCGUGCGCUUCACCGACAGGACCCGCCAGCGCGGCCAGCAGGAGUAG